AUGGCCUCCCACGCAGCCAUCCCGGGCCAUGACAAGCACGACGGCGUCGGCCCCGGCUCUCCUGCCCGCCGCAGGAGCAACGACUAUGGCCAGAGCACGAGCCCCAAUGCUGGCGGCGACCUUGAGCAGCCGUCUUUGUCGUCAGCUGAGGUCUCAGGCGGGCAGGACGGCGUCAAGGCAAUUGAGGCCAUCUCCAUGACCUGGACAAAAUGGGGUCUCAUCGCCGCCUAUUUCAGCAUCUUCCUCAUGGCCUUCACAACCUCGCUCGAGGGCCAGGUCACUUACUCGGUCGUCGCCUUCGCCACCAGCGCCUUUGGCGAGCACUCGCUCAUCUCAACCGUCUACACCAUUCAGGGCGUCGUUAACGCCGUCAUAAAGCCCCCCAUGGCCAAGAUUGCAGACGUCUUUGGCCGCCUCGAGGCCUUUACCUUGUGCAUCCUGCUCUAUGUGCUCGGCUACAUCCAGAUGGCCGUGUCCAACAACGUCGAGACGUUUGCCUCGGCCCAGAUCUUCUACUCGGCCGGGUCCCAGGGCCUCGCCACCCUUCAGCAGAUCUUCAUCGCAGACACCAGCGACAUGCCCAACCGCGCCCUCUUCUCCAGUCUGCCCGACACCCCCUUCCUCGUCACUAUAUGGAUUGGGCCCCUCAUCGGCACGGCCAUCCGCCUGUCCUCAACCUGGCGCUGGGCCUACGGCAUGUGGGCAAUCAUCUUGCCCGUCACUUUCUUGCCCCUGGCCGUCACGCUGUUUCUCAACAGCCGGCGAGCCAGGAAGCUGGGUCUCAUGGCCCCAGGGACCAAGAGCUUUAGCGUCAAGGGCGUAGCCCGGACGAUCUGGGUCGACCUUGACCUCUUGGGCAUGAUCCUGCUCAGUGCCGCGUUUGGCAUGAUUCUCGUGCCGCUCACCAUUGUGGCCGUCACUCCGGGCGGUUGGCAGUCGCCUAUGAUCAUUGGAGUCAUCGUUGGCGGGUUUGUUAGCCUUGUCCUCUUUCUGCUGUGGGAGUCGUGGGCCAGGUUUGUGCCGUACCCGCUCAUCCCGCUUGGGCUCCUCAAGUCACGCACGUUCAGCGCUGGCUGCGGCAUAGGUUUCUUCUACUUCAUGGCCUUUUAUCUCUCCGUCCAGCCAUACUUCAACUCAUACCUCCUCGUCGUACACAACCAGUCCGCCAUCACGGCUGGCUACAUAACGCAGACAUUCUCCUUUACCUCGACUGUGGCGUCUGUCGUAAUCUCCAUCAUAAUCAAGUACACCAAGCACUACAAGUACUAUGUCGUGGCGGGAAGCCUGAUCUACCUGCUUGGGAUGGGCCUGAUGGUCCGCUACCGCACGCAGGACGCCACCGUCGGCACGCUCGUCGGCACGCAGAUCGUCAUCGGCAUCGGCGGGGGCAUGCUCAACGUGCCCGCGCAGCUCGGCGUCCAGGCCUCCGCGAGCCACCAGCAGGUCGGCGUCGCGACGGCCGUGUUCCUAACGCUCGUCAGCAUCGGCGGCGCCGUGGGCAGCGCCAUCAGCGGCGCGGUCUGGGGCCAGCUGCUACCCGCCAAACUCGCCGCGUACCUGCCCGACGGCGUCAAGGACCAGGCCGGCACCAUCUACGGCAGCGUGAAUGUCGCGAGCGGCACGUGGGCCCCUGGCACGCCGGAGCGGGAUGCCAUCAACCGUGCAUACGACGAGACCAUGAAUACCCUGCUCACCAUUGCGUGCUGCAUCUGCGUGCCCGUCGUGGUGCUUGGGCUGCUGAUGAGGAACUACAAGCUCGAUCAGAUGGACCAGGGUGUUAAGGGGAGGGUCAUUGGUGGGGAGGUCUCGGCUGAUGAGAAGAAAAGGAUUGGUGAUGGUCAGCAUCACGGUGGUGUGACGGCCGAUGUCGAAGGGAGGAUGCAUGCUGAUGGGGGAGGACGACGCUCGUUGAGGGGCAGAGGUGGCCCUCGGUCGUGGUUUCGGGGCAGAGCUGUUGCGGACUGA